GUUUUCCCAAUGAACAGCUGAUUUGGAAAAAGAAUCAAAUAAACAAUACGCAAUAAUAACAUCCAAAUUAUAUUGCAUACAUAAAUGCAUAAUGUUAUAAUUUAUGAAGAAAAUUUACGCCUUAUGAAAAAUAAUGGAACAAGUACGGAAGAAAAACUCGGUUAAGCAAUUAAAGAAAAAUAAGAAAUCCGUAAAAAAUCAAGAUGGACUAUACGAUCAAGACACACAGAGUAACCAGACACAAGGCAGUGAGAGUUCUGAAGCUAUAAACAAUGCAAGCAACGAGCAACCAGAAUUUGGUGAUGAUAACAUUUCAACACAAAGCUCUUCCAGAGAGGUUGAUGGCAAGUUGCAGAAAAUGCCUGUUUAUUCUGAACUUUGUUCUGAUACUAUAAAUUCUGAUGUUAUUGGGGAAAAUAAGUUAGAGACAGGGAAUGGUAAAAAUAUCCUACAGGAAAAAAUUUAUGAAAACAAGGUAUCAAAAAAUAGUCUUAAUGAACCAGAAAAAUUAAUGAUGAAUCUUGGAAGUAUUAAUCAGAGCGAUAAUUAUGAAGAUAAUUCAACUAGUACAAUAAAACCAUACACUGAAACACAGUUGUCAGCUUUCUAUACUAACAAUGAGUUGAAUAUGAUUGAAAGUUUUACUCAACAGUUUGCUGAAGCUGAACUACAAGGUUUAGCUCUCAGAGCUCAUCCUUUGCAUGAAAUGCUUUCCAAUUAUCUUAGUAUAAGAGAAAAACUUAAUGAGAAUACCAUUGAAAUUGAUCAUUUGAAGAGGGAAUAUGCUGAUAUAAAAAUAAGGCUUUGGACUUUAAAUAGUGAAUGUGUUUCUGGUAAAGGAGAAUGCUCAAAUGGGGAUACAGUGACUGCUUCACAUUCCUAUGGAAAAUAUAUUUUGGACAAGUCCGCUUGGCAGAGUAUGCUGAGAAUAUUAACAAAAAUUCAGCAGUGCAUACUGGAAAAUCAUAAACUAUAUUCUUUUUCAGCAGAAAAUCUUAAACUACAGAUUGAAAUAUAUAUACAAACUAUCAUUUUACAUUGUUUGAAUGUAACUAAAUUAAAUAAAGAUAAGGAAAUCACAUUGAAUAUUGAAAAAGAACCUCAACACUGGAAACCGUAUUUGAGUGACUUAAGGAUUUGUGUGUCCAUUCUCUUUGCUUUCCAAAGAAAACUGAUAAAAGAUAAUCAGUUCAUUAAGGAAACUAGAGAGUGGCUAACUCGGCUAAUAGCUCUACUUCUGAGGGUUGCAAAUUAUCAGGACCAUCUUUUUAUAUUGAACCAUAUUUUGAGAUGUCCUGCAGGGGUUGGAAGUUGGGCCUCUUGUUUCAUUCAAACACCUCUUGUGCAAGGAUCAGAUUCCCCCUUUUCAAGUUAUGAAAUUAACCAUAUUCUUGCUAUUUUUGCUUUAAUUUUAUCACCCAUACAAGAUAGAGACAAGUUCUUAGCAGAAAUUGCUCAACCAAAAGAUGAGGUUCAAGAAGCCUUAUGGGUAGUAAUAGAUUCUGAUGGAGAAGAAGAUGAAGAAACAUCUGGCACUUCGUUGAGAGAGAACGAUUUGGUGGCCCUCUACAAUCAAUUACCACUGGGAUCUCUAUUUGGUGCUUUAUCCUUGAUAGAAGGACGACAUUGCCUGGAACACUAUGCGAAUCAAGUAACGGAACAGCACCUACUCAGAUUUUUUGCCUUUUCCACAUUGCUUCUUAAAAUAAUUCACAAAGGCCUCAAUACUUAUAACCAACCUAGAUAUUCGCAAUUUGCUAAAAGACUCAGUCGUCUAAUACUCCAUAUGGUGCAGUAUGCCACAGACCAAUGGGAACGAUUUUGUUCAAUGCAAAAUUUCGAUGAUCCGGCAAUGAUGCAAAGAUUACAAGUGGAAUAUGAUGCUUUCUUUUUGAGAGUCAUCUAUUAUCUAUAUACGUCCCAAAAGUUGGGUGCUUGGCAAUUUCUGGCAGUUGUACCUUACAACUCGGUGUCGUUAGCAGUAUUAUGGAAAAUUUUCUAUUUUCUUCAUAGUACAGAUGUUGGAACCAAGGAAUUACUCUCGCCCACAAAUAUGAGAGAUUUUAGUGUCAACUUCAAGAAUCGAGAAUUCAGGGAUCAAUUUGUAGAUAAACUGAACACUUUGUCUGAUGGGGAAGUCUAUUACUUGCUGAACACUUUUGCCAAUGUGGCCUUAGCAAGAAGCGAAGAGGACCUGAUCAUUACAGCCACAAUGGAUUUGCUUCAAAUUGGCUUUGUCAAUCAAGCAACCCAAGAUAUAUGUUCGAAAACCUCAAGAAUUUUGCUGACACAUAUUACCUCAAAGCAUCCCUAUUUACUCACACAAAUAUUGAAACAGGUUAAAGAUCACAUUAAUGAAAUAGGAGAUCUUUCACUCUAUCUGUAUGAGGAACUUCCUCUUGCCAUCUGGCAAAUAAAUGACUGUGAUAUUGAACUGUUGUCAAGACUCAUCAGGACUAAGUCAGAUUCUCAAAUAGAGAAUAAACUCGCAAGGAUGAUAAUAUCCAGGUUGAAUUGGGAUUUCAAAGAGGACGGUACUUUAUUUUUACCGUAUCACACUCAUCGCAACAUUGCAAUACUGGUAUUGCAAGCAGUUGAUGAAGAACCUGCAUUCUCAAAUUGGGGAUGGCAGACAAUUUUGAGGUUGAAGUUACAUAUUAGUGAUGGUGGUUUCAAAGAUAUGAGGAUGGUGAUGGAAAUUGAUAAUUUUGACAUACUCCUCAAAGGUGUGAGAGAAAAAAAACCUCUUCAUGCAUUUGUAGCUCUACUAAUGACUUCUUGGGGUCAUUUGAUCCCGCUCAUAUGCAGCAAUGGCUUUGGUCAACUGCUUUUCCUUGAGUCUCAACAAAAGUAUGAAGCUGUUUUAUUUGCCCUCUUUCUGAUAAUGCCUCUCUUUCUGAACGCACAGGAGUGUAUUGUCAACUGUUUAGAAUUCCAAGAAAUAUUGUCUAACCUUCUUUAUGUCGAUCAAAGUUAUACGUCAAUAGCCAAAUCUUUGAUUGGGGCGCAAAGUACGGUGUUGCAACAGUUUGGAAACAUGAUAGAAACCCAAAUGAGGAAUUAUCAUAAUUAUAACUUGGAAAGUCCUAGAAUCCUAGUUAGAUUAUGGAUGAAUUCACUGGUGUCGGUGGAGCAGUGGACGAAAAACUAUGGUGUUUUAUAUUUGCUGGACGUGAUUAUUAAAGCUUCUUUCUUCCAUAAGGAUGCUUUAGAAGCUGCAGCAGAUGUUCUUAAAGAACUACUACAGGAUACAACGCCUCAAGAACAUGGGGGUGCAAUAAGCUCUAUUUUCAAGUGGGUUUCUUCAACAAAUCAAAACCCUUCAUUGAUAUCUAGUUCUCUAUCGCCAUUUCCAUGGUUGGCCUAUAUAAUGAUAGGAAUAGAGCAUCAAGAACGAGAAAAAAAGACUGGUCUUUGGAAGGAACUACUUCAGCAACUUAAUUCACAGAAAGGAAAGGUGAACGUAGAUUCAGCGAUCAAAAAAGCUGCUGGUAUUCUCAAGGUCAGUUCAGUUUCAUCCGCUUCUUUAUGUAUUUAUAGAUAUGCACAACAAGCGCUAGAUACGUCCAUAGAUCAUCCCAUACUUGUUUUGAUAUGGCAGAAAUUUUUCGAGCUCUUUUUUGAUCAGAUACCUGCUGCAGGAUCUCUUGAUCGAAGAAGUGUUGGAGACAAAUUUUUCGAAGGUGUCAUUAAUUUUGCAUUUCUGAAAAAAAUGGUAAGCCGUUUAGAAGAAACUGUACGAUACUAUCAGGAUAAAGUUUAUGAAAUGGAAAAAGAGAAAGAUAAUACAGAAAAUCUGUCAUUCUUCCAAUCUUGCUUGAAAGUAUUCACAGCAUAUGAACUUUGGCUGGUAGAACCCAGAUUGCACAAGGCGAAUACACUACUCCCAAGUUUUCCACCCCAGUAUGAACAGAAUCUACUCUUGUUUAUCGUUCGUGGUGAAAAGACACCGUGGUAUCCUUAUGUCGACUACAACAGAGUUAAACAAGAGCAAGUGGAGUCCAUAAGAAUUUGGAGAAUAUCCAACUUCAGGGAGAGCACUAACGUCAACAAGCCCUUACUAAAUCCUGAAGGGCAUUCGCAAAGCAAAGAUCCGGUUGAGAGGAUUCUGAAGAGGAUCGAAUCUUACGAUGUUCCAAAACCGGCCCCCAAAAUAGAAAUUGCGAAACCGGUGAUUCCUGCGAUAGAUAUAAGUUCGCUUGAAAACAUGUUCAGUAUGUUGAAUAAUCACUUCAACAUUUUAAAGAAUUUUGCAAAAGACCACUUCAAAAGCGUGUCUGGUUAUAAAGAACUCAAUGGAACCUAUCAAGAGCUGUUUCCUAAUCUUUAUAAACAAACUCAUGUCAGGACCCAGAAGGUAGUUAAAUGUCAAGUCAAAAGACAAAACGUUUAUUGUUCCAAAACAGUUGUGAUAAAUUUACAGUAUGAUGAGAGUAGAUUGGAUGUGGGAAUAAACAAUGUUAUCCUUUCCAACCGAACGAAAUAUGAGUCCAUCUUCGAUAUAUCUUCUAAACCUCCACCAACUUCCCUGUGUAACUCAGCAGUUGCCAUUGAACAUACAAUUAAAAUCCUUCAACAGCAAUUACAUUCUAAUGCUUCAACUGCAGAAUUGGGAGUUGAGUUAUUUUAUUAUAUCCUGAAAUUGAUUGACGACAAAACUCUGGAAUAUUUACCUACCAAGACCUUGUUUGUAACUUGCUUAGAAAAAUUGGGACAAUCACAUAUUUCUGGAGUGGAGUUCGAGUUACCUAGACUCUUAGAUAAAAUACUGAAAGAACCCAAUCUGGGAGAAUAUUUAGCACCCCACUUCGCACCAGGGAAUAUCGGUACAUCGAAUUUGCUACUGAUGUAUCAAAAAAUUUCGAAUGAAAUUGGACAAAAAUACGAUGUCUCAUUUGCUCUUUUAUCUAAGUUUGACAUCGAUAAAUGGCUGCAUAACAAGAACCCAAAGUUAAAUCAACGAUCUCAGUUCAUAGAAUUGAUCAUCAAAGGAUUGUCCGUCCUAGGAACUGAUCCACAGGUUGAAGCAUUAGUCCUCCAUGGGUUGUAUAGAAAACACCUGCUCGCUGUGUUUCAAUUUCAAUUUCCAGAGCAUUAUGGUGAAAUAUUAGUGAGUCUUUUACGUCACAGUUCCGAGACAUCAUCAUCAUCGUCUCCCGUCGCAAUUUCCGUAUGGAUAGAUAUACUCAACUCUUUGGCUUUUCCGAUACAAAUACACCCGAGAAAUCCUCUCAGGGACCAAUUGAGAGCUUACGCUCAGAAUCAGCAAAAAUUGAACUAUCAAGAAAUAUUGGAAACUUCACAACUGUUAUCGGGACAUUUCACCCAGGAAAGGUUGCAAUAUGGCCUCUACGGCUUAUACCCUAAAUGCGAACAGUACUUAGAUAUUUAUUGUUUGCUCUUGGGCAUGACGGGUCAUGCUCUGAUAAUAAGCUCCUUGAACACCCAUCAGGGAUUGGAAUCGGAUAAGAUGUGCGAAAAGAUUUGGCCAUAUAUAAGAGACAUGUUCGCUCCAUGGAUUGCACCAUAUUCCAUGCAGAACUUGAAGGAUUACAUGGCUACUUGGAUACAGCAGUUGACAGAUGACAGAUCGGUCCUAUUGCCUUGGAUCCCGUCCAGUGUUUUCUCGGCGCAGAAAAUGCUCGAUGCUUUCAAGGAAUGUGUGUUGUUCCUACUUCAUGUUCUCCCAGCUUGUUCUGUGAUUCUCAAUUAUGUUUGGCAGUGGUACGUAACUACUUACGCGCACAACUCUGUAAAAGAGCACAUCUUCAAUAGCAUCCAUCAGACAUUGCUUGUGUUACCGUGGAAUAAUUUUUGGCCAUCAAUCAACGAUUUGGAGGCUAUGCUAAGGAUAGUCGAUCAGUAUUUGCCAGAAUGCCACCAAUUUCUGGGACAAAUCUUCAUUUCAGUACAGUGGACCAACUGGAUGGGUCAGUUUUCUAACUGUCCAAUUCAGAUCAAGUCAAGGGUGUACCACUGUUACAUCAAUUUGUUGGUGAAAUUAUCCAAUGAACCCAAUAUUAGGAGUCAGCAUGUGGAGAAAUUUAAUAGUCUAUUGGUUCAGUCCGAAAACCUGGAUUGGGAUAUAUUAGAUCCUGGCGUGUAUCAACAUGUUAUGGAUUGGUACAUAAUGAGCUGUGAUUCUAAUGUUAUUUUCAAAAGUGAUCCCCUUGAUCUAGAUGUUCGAGUUUUACAGUUCCUGAAAACCAUUUCUGGUUAUGAUAAUGUGAUAGAAAGAAAUGAAAAUCCAAAUAUAUUAAAUAAAAGAUACGUGUACGUUCGGAGUUUUGUGAAACUCACGUCAGUUUACACAAGUAAGAAUAAAUUGGCUGUACCUUCUAAGGAGAAUGAAAUUUGUGCUGUGAUAAAUGCUAACAUUAAACAUAUGGAGAGGGUGGUCAGGUCCAAAGAAGAAUUGAGUGUUAUUUUACCAGAGAUUCUCAACAUAUUGAACGUUAAUCCUCUGGGUGACGUGAGUUUUAAAUGUAUCACGCAAUGGAUUUCGAAAAAGUCUGGGAACGAUCCUGUAUUGGAGACUUUGCUUAAUGUUUCAUGCAAGGCUGUGAAAAACUAUGAAUUUAUUGCGAAACUUUACGAGUCAGCUCUGGAAUGCUAUUUCCAAAAUGUCAAUGAGCAUUAUCAACCAACUUGGACACAAGUGAGGACGUUUGGAAAAAUAGUGGUCAAUAAUCAAGUAGAGCUGGAAGAAACUUUAAUUGCCAAGGAUAGCCUUCUCACUUUGAACCUGAUACUUUUAGAGAAAAUAACCAGUUGCAGUGAUUACCAGGCCUUAUUGAACAUAUGCAUAGAUUGGUUGCAGAAAAUUAAAAUAAGAGACGAUGUUGAGAGCAAAGUACCAUUGAUAUGGCUGGGCGUUCUGAAUGUUGCCCUAAAAUAUUGUGAGAUAGACGAACCUGCUGCAGGUGGAUCUUUAUACAAGUUCUCUCAAGUAUUAUUGCAAAUAGCGGAAGAUAAAGGUAGUUCUAGUUGGGGUAGAGGUUUCUUGAGUGUGAUAGGAAUUAACAGAGGGGAUACGAUAUCUUUACCAUUCCGAUUUCUUUGCCGGGCUUUAGGCGGAUAUAUUCUCGCGCAGCUACCGGAAAUGAAAGGCAAGCCUCAAAUAGUAAGGAGACAGGCCAAUGCUCCAGCUAGGGUAGGACAACCCGGAGGUAACACAGAGUGUGCUAAGAUCCUCCUUAAAUUAGACUUUGGCCAAUCUCAAGGGAAACUGAAGGAAUAUGCGGAAUUGGCUCUGAAUGAGAUUCAAGAUCCCAACAAUUCACUGCAUAAUGUAGGUGAUUUUCUCAUAUUAAUGUCGAAUCAGUUUUCCACUAAAUCGUAUUUCAAAGAUCUAGGCAAGCACUGACGCGUUUUUUUAUAUUACAUUAUUUAAAUGUAUAAAUAUUCAACCACCAAAGCUAGAUAUUUAAUACAUUUUGACAUAUUUU